GCGUCGUGUCGUCUCCCCUCCUCGAAGAUUCCUGAAUAUCUGCUCAUGAUCAGGGUGGUUUGAUUCCCCACCUCCCCGCCAGACACCAUGACGUCCUCUAUGCUCCGCCGACAGCUGAAGAACCUGGUCCAGAACUACUCUGAGGCCGAGGUCAAGGUGAGAGAGGCAACAUCCAACGACCCAUGGGGCCCCUCCAGCUCUCAGAUGGCUGACAUCUCUGACUUGACCUACAAUGUGGUGGCCUGCAACGAGAUCAUGACAAUGCUCUGGAAACGGCUGAAAGAUGACAGGAACUGGAGACACAUACAUAAGUCCCUGACACUGCUGGAGUACCUAUUAAAGACCGGUGAUGAUCGUGUGCUUCUGAAAAUGAAAGAUAACAUCUACAUCGUCAAAGCCCUCACAGAGUACCGCUUCGUAGAAAAGGAUGGCAAAGAUCAGGGUUCGAAUGUGAGAGAAAAGGCCAAGGUCGUCCUUGUUCUUAUGGAGGAUGAUGACAAACUGAAGGAAGAGAGAGAUUUUGCUGUCAAAACCAGAGAAAAGACAUCAAAAAGUUCUGCGGCCUCAUCUGCGGACAGCGUCAAGGAUCCCAGUUACAAGCCGUGCUAUGUUCCCGGGGCAACAGGUCUUCCAUCCUUGGACAACAUACCUUCUGUGGCGGACUUGACUGCUUCCUUCGCUGCGAAGAAAGAAGAGCGACUUAAACAGGAAGCUGACAAAAAAGAAACUGAGAGAAGGGCCAAGUUGAGCGAAGAUGAGCUGAAAUGGGAAGAUGCAGGCAAAGGCAAUGAUGUUGCUGGUGCUUGGGGAGGAGAUAAAGCAGAGGAGGAAGAAAAAACAGAUGCAUGGGGGGCACCAAAAGAACCUAAAGAGGCCGCAGGUCCAUGGGGCGCACCCACAAGCCCCAAUACAACUGAAACAGCAGCCAGCAGUGAUCCAUGGGGGGCUCCAGCUGAAACUGAUGAAGAUCCAUUUGCAGCAAAACAAACUGAUGAAGAUCAGUUUUCACCACCAAAGAAUGGAGAAGAUCCUUUUGCGGAACCUGAUCCUUUUAGUGCAUCGAAAGAUGACCCCUUCAAUGCCCCAAAGGACAGUUCAGACCCAUUCAAUGCCCCCAAAGACAGAGAGGAUCCUUUUGCUGCUCCAAAAGAUAAACCAGAUCCAUUCAGUUCUUCUAAUAGCGAUCCAUUUAAUGCACCCAAAGAUGAUCCAUUUAAUGCUCCGAAAGAUGAUCCAUUUAACGCUCCGAAAGAUGAUCCGUUUAAUGCUCCAAAAGAUGAUCCAUUUAAUACUCCGAAAGAUGACCCAUUUAAUGCUCCGAAAGAUGAUCCAUUUCAUGCUCCAAAAGAUGAUCCAUUUAAUGCUCCGAAAGAUGAUCCCUUCAAUGCUCCAAAAGAUGAUCGUUUCAAAACCUCAAAUGACGACCCAUUUAAUACCCCAAAAGACGAUCCUUUCAGUACACCUAAAGAUGACCCAUUCAGUACCACAAAAGAUGACCCCUUCACUGCUCCUACAACGCCACCUAAAGAAGAUCCUUUCUCAGCGCCAACCAAACCUACACAAGACGACCCUUUUGCUGCACCAACAACACCCCCGAAAGAUGAUCCUUUUUCUACACCAUCCAAACCUACACAAGAUGAUCCUUUUGCUGCCCCAACAACACCCCCUAAAGAAGAUCCUUUCUCUGCACCUACCAAACCUUCACAAGGUGACCCUUUUGCUGCACCAACAACACCCCCAAAAGAAGAUCCUUUCUCUGCACCAACCAAACCUUCACAAGAAGACCCUUUUGUUGCACCAACAUCACCCCCUAAAGAAGAUCCUUUCUCGACACCACCCAAACCUACAAACGAUGACCCCUUUGCUGCACCAGCAACACCCCCUAAAGAGGACCCAUUCACAGUGCCAUCCAGUCCACCAAAAGAUGAUGCCUCAGAUCCCUUCAAUGCCCCACUAGUGAGCUCACCUCAAGGUGGGGCAGAUACAUGGGGGGCAACGGCAAGUUCUCCACCUGGCACUGGGUCAGAUCCCUGGGGGUCAGCAUCUGCUCCAAAUGAGACAAAGGGUGGAGAUCCCUGGGGGAAUGGGGCAAGUGCCUCCUCACCUCUUGACAAUGCUGAUCCAUUUGGGGAUACAUCCAAAACAGACAAUGACCCAUGGGGAGCCCCAGCUUCAGCUCCAGCCAACACAGAUGAUGCGUGGGGUACACCUGCUCCACCCUCAGACUCCUCCCCAUCCAGUGACCCCUUUGGAGAUGGAGCAUCUAAAACCAGUGAUCCCUGGGGUGCACCAAGCAGCACAAGCGGCAAUGGCACAGGAAAGCGAACAGUGCAAGAAGAGGAGAUGUACAGAAAGACUGCUUUGUUCUUGGGUUCAGCGGGGGCGUCGCUGGUUGACUUGGACGAUCUGUUUUCCUCUAACCCCAAACCCAGACAGCGCCCCCUCAUCAACACGCUCGCCCCACAAACACAAGCCAUCGGUAAGGACGGAAAAAAUGCUUCACUCUGGGUGACAAAGAACAUUUUUGACAAAGGCUACACAUGGAAUUAUUUGUGGUGUGCGUGACUCAAAUGGAUGCAUGUACAACCUCGAAGACUGAAAAAUCACUGAGAUGCUAAACAUUAGUCACUUGGUGGUGAUAUUUCAUAUGCAUUCCACUGCUGAUCGGCAGAAGUCUGCAGUUUAGGGACAAACAGACCGAGAGAGAGGGGUGGAGACUGUGUGACUGACAAAUAUAUAUCAAUCGAUUUGUAUGGAAAAGCUUACUGUGAUCAUGUGUCUUGCCAUUCCUCCCCUGUGGUCUCGCUGUAGUGUAUAGAUGUUGUUAUGUAUGUGCGUGUGCGAGCAUUAGUGACCUAUUGAAGUUACUCUGUGUAGAGAUUAGUGUAUAUUAACCAGCAGAUGUAUAACUCUUCUCACC